AUGUCAGUGAUAAGUGACAUGUCCAACCUGACUCGGCGAUUCAAAGCCCAGAGACUGUACCAACAAGAGGUACUGAUACAUGUUCUUUCUCGCUCUUCACCUCAAACCCGCAUUCUGAAGCAAGAACUGAACUGUGCAACUGAUACUACAACCAUGGCUGGGGAGUGGCGAACGCGGUGGGAAGAAAUUCUAAGUCAUCAGCGCUGGCACGAGCUGAGAGAAGCUAUUGAACGCCUCGCAGAGGAAACGAUCGAAGAGGAAGCGAUCGAAAACGGGCGAGGCCGCAACCUUAUUAUCGGGGACACCAAAGCCUUCUACGACCUGGUUGAAAAAGUUGAUGCUCUCUUGCAGCGCAGCCAAGAGGAGGAAAUAGCCGAACUCCUCUACAAUGUGCGCAAUGUAAUUCGCCAACGGCUGCAAAUGGAUGCCAACACUCAGCAGGAGCUUGAGCAGAGAGUCCAGAACUUUCUGGACCCACUUCUGGAGUUUGACCCACUUGUUGUGGAGCCGAACAGUGACAGGUGUGUCUUUCAUGUCGAGCUGCAAGGGUCUUCCCAGGAAGGCAUUAUGCCCAGGGACAUGGAUUUUGAUGACUUGCCGAGGGAUACUCGGGAGAGCCGAAUUCAGGAGCUUGUCGCCCAAGACCUUGACGUGCAUCCAAGCCAGCUGCAAAUCCUCGAGUCCCGGUUUGCGGCCCCGACGGGGGAUGAGACACUCAACAUGUGCCUGCGCAUGAAUCUCGAACACCGAGACUAUGCGGAACAGAUGCGGGCAUGGCCAGAACAUGCACGGAAAAGCCAUCUGGUAGACUUCAUUCAUGACCUUCAAGACAGGCCAUUGGGGAGCACCGAGGACCAGACGUGGGCCACUUCCGGAGAGUUUUCCGACAUAGUGAGAGCCAUUACUUCGCUGCUUACGCCGUCGGUUGCGACACGCGGACCCGCCGGAGUCGAAGGGGAGAUGUACCAAGAGGUGCUGGACUUCCUCCGUCGCUACAUGAGCACUGAAAAAGAUCCGACACCUGCUGGGCUCCUCAAGGCGCUGGCCGAGGAGUUUGACUGA